CUGCGCAUGCGCUGUCGCGCCCUGCGCAUGCGCACAGCCCGCGGCGGUUGGCUUGGUCAGGGAGUGGAGGUAGUUCUCCGGGCAGCCAUGAACGGGUUUGGUGCUGCGGCGCCUCCCUCGGGCUCCAGCGCAGCGGCCCGGAGCGACAGCCUAGAGAAGAUCGACAUGUCCCUGGAUGAUAUAAUUAAAUUGAAUAAAAAAGAAGAGAGAAAGCAGUAUUUCCCCCAAAUGAGGAGAGGGCUGCAGCAAAACCGAACUCGACAGUUCAGAAUGAAGGGGACCAGGUGGGGAAUCCAACAGCAGAAAGGCUAUGGUAAAAACCGUUUGGGACGCCGAAAGAAGAUAGCCGGGAAGAAGCGUCCCUAUGGAGUCAUAACUGGCUUGGCAGCCAGGAAAGCGCUGGGUGCUCGCAAAGGAAUUAGUCCCUUGAACAGACAACCACUUAGUGAGAAGACCCCACAGCGAAACUACCCAGCCUUGAAAAGGAAAACGACCCUCCAGAGACAGCCUGACACGCAGAGAAAACAAGUUUCGGCUCUCAGGAGACCUGUCCAUUUAAAUCGGAGGAGUAACGUACCAUCCCCUUUUGCCAGGAUUGGAAAUAAAUUGAAUCAGCAGAAAGACACACGUCAAGCAACUUUCCUCUUUAGGAGGGGUCUGAAGGUGCAGGCACAAGUGCAGCCGACAGAAGAACAUCUAGAUAAUCAGCCAGUGAAGAGAACUCGUCAAUGGCGAACUUCCACCACAAAUGGAGGGAUUCUGACUGUAUCUAUUGACAAUCCUGGAGCCAUUACAUCCCUAGUUUCCCAGAAGCCGCGCCUUGCUCGCACUCCGAUGCCGCCAUUUUUAAUGAAGAGGAAUCAAACUGAAGAGAAGAAGAUUCCCAAAGGAGUUCCAUUGCAGUUUGAUAUUAACAGCGUUGGAAAGCAGACAGGAAUGACUUUAAAUGAGCGCUUUGGGAUCCUGAAGGAACAAAGAACAGCCCUGUCUCAGAACAAAGGAAGCCGUUUUGUAACAGUGGGUUAGACUGUCAAAAGGACUUGUGUAAAGACUCCAUCCGUCUAAGAAACUGAGAUGAAAGUGGGCAGAAGAAUACAGCACACGUCACUGAAAUUCUCCACUCUUCGUUUAGAUGCCGACAAAGCUGAAGCUUUGCUGCUUUUACUUUGAAUAGUAAAAGAUUUUGCCCCAGGCAAAAACUGGGGAAAAUGAUCUGGUUUUUAAGUGGCGUCAUGUCCUGAUACAAAAUGAUUGCAUAGCCCUGCUGGUGAUAAAGGCAAACUAUUUAUUUUGGUUCCUUUCACAGCCGAAGUACAAAUGCAAGGUAAAAGUUCCUAUUUUUUACGGUGGCAAUUUGGUAUCUGCUCCUCCGCCCCCUGCCGGAGUGAAGAUCGUGUCAAUAUUUCCAUUACAAACUGCUCUUUUCAAGGGUCAAAAUCUGCCAGAAAAUGUCCCUCUGGACUGUAGUUUGGCAGAGAGCCUCAGUUUUGAAUAGUUUGUUAAAAAUGUAACUGCCUCUUUCCUCAGAGUUUUGAUUGCAAUGCUUUGGGCACUCAGAUCUUUUUUUUUUUAAUUAUUUUUCCCCCUUGGAGACCUCAGUAUUUUGCAAUAUUAUUCCCAAAAAACAAAGCUGUUGGCGGAGAGGUCAAGAACCUAAGCGAAUAGUCUUCAUCCCUGUUAUCCUUAAGUGUUUCAAGUCAGGAUUUGAGGCUUACUGUGUGCACAGGAGAACCUUACAGUGCAGCUAUUUGUACUUUUAACAGCCUUCUCUGUAAGCAGAACAUUUUGGUCUCCUACUUUUGUUACAAAGCUCUGGCUUUUUCCUUUUUUUUAAAGGUUUUUGUUUUUCACAAAUACAACUAAAUAAUAUUCUGUUUUUGAAAUUCCUUUAGAAGGAUAGGGCUGACUCUUUUUUACAAGAGGGCCAAACGCGUGAGGCUUCCUGACCCAGACAUGUAAAUCUUGCCCAUUAAGCAUUUCCUCAGUCUCCUGAGAAACUGUCAAAGGGAAGGUAUCAAGUGGCACCUAUUUGUGUAUACCAAAGAGAGGUAAAAGUAGGAACUUGAUGGAAGCAAUUAGACAUCUUUACACUGAAGUUGGGGAUGACUCGCUGAGAGAGCGAGCCUGCAUCCUGCUGGCAUUUGUGCAGAAAGUUGAGCAUGUGCAUGUAGUUACCUACCUGCAUAUAGCUUUGCACCUGCAUGGAUAUCUGCAAGAUGACAGCCAGAUCGGGGUGUCCUCGCUGUGUAUUUCAUACCUCCAGGAGAAACGCACCUCUUCAGAAUUUUUCACAGGUAAAAUUACACUUUAUCCAUGAGCUAAUGGAUUUUAAACUGUUUUAUAGUAAUAGGGUUUAAGUACAGUCAGGUAAAGGGAACUGUUGGCUUGCUGUAUGCACAAAUGCCUGUGGUGUGAGGUGGUCUUAAUUUCCCUUGCUUGGAAGAGUUUGGGUUUGACUUCUUACAAACCUGGUUCCUGUGUGUUUCUGUCUCUGAAACUCCAAGUAAAUGAGGAGUUUCCCCUGGACUGGAGCAUUUAACAGCAGACGGGCUUUUCUUUUCAUAUAGCAGUUUUAAAAUGCAGCCUUGAUGCUACUCAGCCCUUAAUCUUUUAUUUUUAACUUUGAAAAUGUACCUUAGCAAAAAAAAAAAAAAAAAAAAAAGCCAGAC